UUCCCUGGUGCCCCUAAAUUUGUAAGGGUUCAGUUUCGAAGUGUGGGGUGGUGGCCUCUCCUCCCUGGUAGCUCACAGGCUCCCUUCCAGCCCCUCUUGGCUCUUGUCGGAUGUCACCACCGCCACGGCGAGCUCUGCCAGACGCGUGAUGCUUCCCACGGCUGUGUGCUGCGGCAGAGAGCAAUGAGCUGCCCCAGUUGGUUCAUUUCGGCUGGUUUUUCUUUAAAAUGUUCAGGUUUACCAGGUCCUGGCAACGCUGUUCCUGCAGCCCCGCUGUGGAGAGCCAGCAAGCACUUGGUCAGCCCAUCUGGAGGCGAAUAGCACUGGAGAGAAUCCCAGAGGUGGCAGCAGGUCCCGACAGACGCUCCUCCCGCACGUAACCCUUUGUGGGUGUUGCAGAUAAACCAGCCUGGUCUUAAGCAGGGGGGAUUUUGUGCCCGGUUUUCCCAAUAUCCACAGAGAGCUGCUGCACCAAGCAGUAAUUUGAGUCUCUGGCUGAGGACAGCUGAGCCUGGGCUGCGUCCUGGAGAUUAUCUGAUUGUGCUUUGGAUUUAAUACCCUGGGAAACCUUGCUCUGGAGACAGCACCUGGCUUCCAGCGAGGAUCCUGCUCUUAGUUGAUUUGCCUCCUGGGUUACACUGGCACACGGAAGGUCAGACGACAUGGCUGAGGCCCCGGGGUAAAUGACUGCAACGAGGAUGCUCCCUCCAGAGAUUGACACGCUGUAGGGCAGAGUGGGGAGCUUUGGCUGUCUGCCGUAGCUGGAUCGGACGGUGAAUAACCUUCUCCUCGGGCAGUCCUUUGUGUUGAAGGACUGCUUCUGUCCUGCUUUGCCAGCAGAGAUCUCCAUCCCUGCGCCGGAGGAAGAGCCCGAUCCUCCUGGAAGCAGCAGUUUUCUGUAGCUGGAAUCUGGCUGCAGAGGAGUGGGGAGGAAUCUGCUCGUUCUGCCAGCGGCCCGGCUGAUGCCACACGGUUCUGUGGAAUAAACCAGCUUCCAACCUACACCCCUCAGAAGAAUUGUUAUUCUCAGCUCUGUCCAGGCCUCUGAGCUCCUUGCUGCCAAGGACAGGGCCACCUUGAGCCAUGUCCAACGACCCUCCGCCGCCCUACCCGGGGGGCCCCUCAGCGCCGCUGAUAGAAGAGAAGCACGGCCCGCCCCCCGCCGCAGAUGGUGUCACCCCGGUCGUGGGACAGCCCCAGGGGGUCCCCAUCCCCCCUCCUGAAUUUGGGCCCCCCCCAUACGAGCCGCCCUCACAGCCGGGGUUCGUGCCCCCCCACAUGCCCACAGACAGCUCCGGGCCCUACGUGCCGCCUGCAGGUUAUUACCCACCCCCAGGUCCUCACCCCCCCAUGGGCUACUACCCAGCACCGGGCCACUACCCCUCUCCCGGUGGCCACACGGCCACGGUGCUCGUCCCAUCGGGGGCUGCCACCACCGUGACGGUGCUGCAGGGAGAGAUCUUCCAGGGCGCCCCUGUGCAGACGGUGUGUCCCCACUGCCAGCAAGCCAUCACCACCAAGAUCACCUACGAGAUCGGGCUCAUGAGCUUCCUUCUUGGCUUCUUCUGCUGCUUUGUGGGGUGUGAUCUCUGCUGCUGCCUCAUCCCCUGCCUCUUCGAUGACUUCAAGGACGUGACACACACGUGUCCCAACUGCAAGGCCUACAUCUACACCUACAAGCGCAUGUGCUAACGGAGCCCCCCCGCCGCUGGACCGACACCAGCCCCUCUCCCGCUGCCGUCCUCGUCUGCGCCUGCCCAACACUCUCCCGCUUAACACUCCGGUGGUGUGUGUGUGUGUAUCCCCAGCUCCCUCCCUCCCACCUGCCCCGGGCCCCGGGCCUCGCUGUGAACGGCUGGAUUGGCGAUGGUGCACAGGGGAGGUGGGCCCAGCCCCCCCGAGGGUGUGUGGGGCUGCUCUGCAGCGCACAGGAGAGUGAGUGUGUGUGUGGGGAGUGGGGAGGGCAUCCCUCUGCACCCCCUUACCCUUCAGGGUGGUUGGGAGUGCCCUCUUGCCUGUGGAAAUCAGGGAGGAGCAGCAGCUGCUGGAGGUGCCCACCCCUCACUGCCCCACUGCGAGUGAGGGUGGGGAGAAGCUGCCCCCCAAGAAAGGGAAGGGGGAGCGGAGCAGCUCGCGUGUGGGAGGCAGCACAGCCCCUGUGGCACUUUAGGAAGGGGCCUGGUGGUGGCUCAGUGCCACCUGAGGAGAGGGGGAGGGCAGUGCCACGCGUGCCAGGUUCCAGCGUGGGUCACAGCCUGCUCAACAUGGAGCUAAGCCCCUUCCCCAGGAGCGGCUGAGCCCCCUUCAGCACGGGGUGUGUGUGGGGUGGAACCGGCAGCAGCGCUGCACCCUUGAUCAGCACCUCCGUCCUGCCGGAGCGGCCACCAGCCCUGUGGCCAUGGCUGCUCCAGCUGCAUGCGCCUCCUCCCAGCCCCUGCUGUGGCUCUCUGGGGGAAGCAAAGCCCCUGGCAGUUCCUUGCCCACCUGGCAAACCGUUAGCCAAAAAACAAACCAAACACCAACCCCACUGCAUCCGGCAUGUGGCUGCCUGCCCCGGCGCUGUAGAGUAGAGGCAUUUGUUACCAGGCCCCAGCUCCAGGGGGCCUGGUACCUGGCCCUGCAGAGGCUGUGGGUGCCCACCCCCCAGCACCCUGUGGGGCUCCUCCUUGCAUGUGGGUGUAGGGGUUCACUUUUAGCUCACUUGCUGUGGGGCAGAAGGAAGGGGGUAGGGACAGAUGAGGGUAAAAAGGGAGCUGGGAGCCAUUUUCAGCCUCUCCGUGGCUGCUCCCACUCCCUCCUCUGGCCCCCCUCAGCCCCCUCCCCUGGGACAAGCAGGGGGUCUCUGUACACAGGGCUGCAAACAGAGCUGGGCCUGCCCCGGCGGCUGCUGUUUGCUCAGAGGUGGAACCGUGGCACUAGUCAGUGUUUUUAUGUAAAUAAAUAACAGACCCUGAA